AUCUUUCAACAGCAAAACCACCUGAUUUUUGCAGAAUAUACAACUGUUUUACAUCGUACUGCCGACCGCUCUGGCAUGAAAAUUCAAUGUAACUGUCUUGUACGGGGAAAUGCUACACAAUUCUACAAAUUAGUAAUUCACACAGAAUUCACACAGAUACUUGACGGUGGUGGUGGUGUUGUUGAAGAAGAAACCCGGGCCACCUGUGAUAUUUUGAGAUUGGCUCCUGGUUUGUCACAGGGCCCGGCGGUCUGCCUAUUGGCCUAAUAUAGUCACGCGUAGUUGCUUGCCAAGGUGGUGUUAAGCACUCGUGUGAGUGAGAGACCCAGUUCCUAUACGGUAACAUGUAGUGUGUGCAGGACAGCACCCUCGGGUGUUGCAAAGCAGGACAGGGAGGCACAUCCCAUAAUUAAACAGAUGCAGGCUGUUUGGAAGCCGCUCUGCAGUGGGAUGUGUUCAGAUAAAGUGGAGCAAUUUGGUAUUCCAUAUUGUUGAAAUCAAGCUCAGGCUUCUUUACACAUAUUCUUUAGUAACUAGUGUUGCACUAGAAUUGUGAAACCUGUAAUUGAAUAAUUGCAUGCUAUAAGUACUUAGACUAAAAAUGUGUACUUUUCCCUCCAUUACUUAAAAAUAAAGCAAAAUCUUUACUCCGCACAUUCAGAUAAACUAAACUGAAUUAGUUUGACAAAGGAUUUAAAAUAGUUACAUAUUUACCUGCUACAUCAACAAAAUAUUUAAUAUAUUUAUAAGUUAACGAUGAGUACUAGAUUUUAAAGUCAAAUAACGGCAAAGUAUGCGGAGAUUUUUGUAGCAAUUUUUAACGUCUUCCCAUGUUCAAUAACCUGAAAAAAACGUUUUAAGCGGUUCCCUCUGACAGGGGCGGAUAAGUGGGCGUGUCGGCCGGAUGUCGCGUCAGUGUCGGAAACCGACGCAAAGGAUAGAAAACACGUGCUCUGCGAAAAGAACACGAGCUCCAGCUCUGGCUGGCGGAGGCCUCAAUAAAGACACACAAACGUCAAUUCCGACUUGGAUCAAUUGUGGUCGAAGUGCAUCCGGUGAAAAACUACCAGGAACGUCGGACUCCUCCCGGCCGCUCCCGCGCUUUACGACCACGGGGCGGCACGCGCACGAAGAAAGUUCUGGCUUUCUGUUCCCUCGUCGUCGUCUUUUUAUCCGUUCACGUGUGCUCGCGUGGUCGUAACUCUUCGUUGAGUUGUUUUGUUUUUACUUCGCUCUCUGACCGCUGAAGACGACGGGUGAGGGCUUUUUGGUUAUUCGGACGUCAUGGCGGACCUUCUGAUCAGCGGUCAAACCGGCUACGUCCCGGACGACGGGCUUUCGGGACAGCAGCUGUUCAACGGUGGAGACGGGCUCACAUACAAUGACUUUCUGAUUCUGCCGGGCUUCAUUGACUUCACAUCAGAUCAAGUGGACUUGACCUCAGCGCUCACCAAACAAAUCACCAUAAAAACGCCCUUCAUCUCCUCCCCCAUGGACACCGUCACGGAGGCCAACCUGGCCAUCGCCAUGGCACUAACGGGCGGCAUCGGCUUCAUCCACCACAACUGCACGCCGGAGUUCCAGGCCAACGAAGUUCGCAAAGUCAAGCGCUAUGAGCAGGGCUUCAUCACAGACCCAGUGGUGAUGAGUCCCAACGAGCGCGUUCGAGACGUCUUCCAGGCCAAGGCUCGCCACGGCUUCUGUGGAAUCCCCAUCACAGACAACGGACAAAUGGGCGGCAAGCUGGUGGGCAUCAUCUCCUCUCGAGACAUCGACUUCCUGAAGGAGGAAGAGCACAACCUGCCACUGAGCGAGGUGAUGACGAGACAGGAGGACCUUGUGGUGGCCCCUGCUGGAGUGACACUGAAAGAAGCCAAUGAAAUCCUCCAGAGGAGUAAGAAGGGUAAGCUGCCUAUCGUGAACGAGGAGGGGUCUCUGGUGUCCAUCAUUGCCCGCACCGACUUGAAGAAGAACAGAGACUUCCCUCUGGCCUCCAAGGACUCGCGCAAACAGCUGCUGUGCGGCGCCGCCAUCGGCACCCACAACGACGACAAGUAUCGGCUGGACCUGCUGGUGCAGAGCGGGGUGGACGUGGUCGUGCUGGACUCGUCCCAAGGCAACUCCAUCUUCCAGAUCAACAUGAUCCGAUACAUCAAAGAGAAGCAUCCCAAUGUGCAGGUCAUCGGAGGCAACGUGGUGACCGCGGCUCAGGCGAAGAACCUCAUAGACGCUGGAGCGGACGGGCUGAGAGUCGGGAUGGGCAGCGGCUCCAUCUGCAUAACACAGGAGGCUCCCCUCAGUGUACCACCAGCAAUAAAUCGCCACAGCCCCAAAACCCCCACCUCUGUUACGGGAUACUCCAUGCUGGCGUGCGGCAGACCGCAGGCCACCGCCGUCUACAAGGUGUCCGAGUACGCCAGGCGCUUCGGCGUGCCGGUCAUCGCUGAUGGCGGCAUCCAGACGGUGGGGCACAUUGCCAAAGCCUUGGCCCUGGGAGCGUCCACAGUGAUGAUGGGCUCUUUGCUGGCUGCCACCAGUGAAGCUCCUGGUGAGUAUUUCUUCUCCGAUGGCAUCAGGCUAAAGAAGUACCGCGGCAUGGGCUCCCUGGAUGCCAUGGAUAAGAACCUGGGCUCCCAGACCAGAUACUUCAGUGAGUGCGAUAAGAUCAAAGUGGCUCAGGGUGUUUCUGGAGCGGUGCAGGACAAAGGCUCCAUCCACAAGUUUGUUCCCUACCUGCUGGCUGGCAUCCAGCACUCCUGCCAGGACAUCGGCGCCAAGAGCCUCACACAGCUCAGAGCCAUGAUGUACUCUGGAGAUCUAAAAUUUGAAAAGAGAACAACUUCGGCUCAAACGGAGGGUGGAGUCCACAGCCUGCACAGCUACGAAAAACGUCUGUUUUGAGAAGACGGCAGACGGAGAAUUGGUAGUAGAGGCAUUAUGCAAACACAUCUCAUGCCGGAUCCUCUUUCAUUCACGUCCACACACAUUAGUAACUUUUCAUACUAAUAAGCCUUUAAAAAUGAGCCCUUGCAGCCAUUGGCUCAAGGAUCCAUUAAGUCUUCCUAUCAGUGUCAUCUAUGCAUUGUCUUUGUGUGGGUGACGGGUGGGGAUUAAGCAUUUAUCAAUCAGUGCAUGUGUGAUUGAGUCCCACGAUGUCUUUCGAGUUGUGAUAACGGUAGAUGUCCGGAGUGUCCAUGUGAAGACAAAAAAACGUUGUCCAAUAAUAAAGCUUCUAUGUUUUUCCACGA